ACAAAGGAUAUCUCCGGACCAGAACAAACCAUGGCCUCAAGAAGACACAGUAUACCAGAAGCUCUGCGGGGGGUAACCAUGGUGGAGCUGGUGAAGAAAGAAGGCAGCACACUUGGCCUCACCAUCUCAGGAGGAACUGACAAGGAUGGGAAACCACGGGUAUCGAACCUGCGACCUGGAGGACUGGCGGCCAGGAGCGAUCAGCUAAACGUUGGCGACUACAUCAAGUCGGUGAACGGCAUCAAUCUGACCAAACUGCGGCAUGAAGAGAUCAUCAGCUUACUGAAGAACGUAGGGGAGAGAGUUCUGCUGGAGGUGGAGUAUGAACUGCCCCCUACAGGUACACACAGCACCUCAGGGGUUAUAUCAAAGACAAUCGACAUCUGUUUGCACAAAGAGGGGAAUAGCUUUGGUUUCGUCAUGAGAGGUGGUACGCAGGAGGACUGGCACAAGUCGCGCCCCCUAGUGGUCACCUAUGUCAGGCCAGGAGGCCCUGCAGACAGAGAGGGAACGCUGCGUCCCGGUGAUCGUCUCCUCAGUGUGGACGGCGUGCCGCUGCACAAUGCCAACCACAGCGACGCCCUCAUCGUGUUGUCUCAGUGCGGCCAGGAAGCCUUGUUCCAAAUAGAGUACGACGUCACUAUUAUGGACACAGUAACGAACGCGUCCGGUCCACUAUUGGUGGAAAUUGCAAAGGCGCCAGGAGCAACACUGGGUAUCACGCUGACGUCGGCCAGUCAUCGAAACAAGCAGGUCAUUGUCAUCGACCGGGUUAAACCUGGCAGCGUGGUGGACAGAUGUGGAGCGUUGCAUGCUGGGGAUCACCUGCUGUCCAUAGACGGGACAUCAACAGAACACUGUACAGUCCUGGAGGCAACACAGCUAUUAGCGAGCACAACAGAACUGGUCAAACUGGAAAUACUCCCUUCCCAUCAAACCAGGCUAACUGGGAAACAGCACGACACAGCUCUGGUAUCUGCCAGUUUCUCUCCCUGCUCUACGACCACGUCGGGCCCCAGUAGUCAGAGCUCCAGCACCUUGCCCAGGCCUACUGUUCCCAUGAGUCCACGUAACUCAUUGCUCAAACGAAGGCAGAGAAAGAAAGAGCACAAAAGCUCCUUGUCCCUGGCGUCCAGUUCGGUGGGUCCGGGUGGUCAGGUUGUUCACGUAGAGACCAGUGAGGUCGUCUUAACAGGCGACCCACUUAACGGCUUCGGUGUCCAGCUGCAGGGAGGAAUAUUCGCCACUGAAACACUGUCUGCGCCCCCACUCAUCCGAUUCAUAGAGCCCGACAGCUCUGCAGAGAGGUGUGGCCUGCUUCAGGUUGGAGACCGCCUCUUGUCAAUCAACGGAAUCCCCACGGAAGACGGGACACUGGAAGAAGCCAAUCAGCUUCUCCGAGACGCGGCGCUCACCAAUAAGGUCACACUGGAGAUAGAAUUCGACGUAGCAGAGUCAGUGGUGCCAAGUAGUGGCACUUUCCAUGUCAAACUGCCGAAGAAGAGAGGAGUGGAGCUGGGGCUCACAAUCAAUUCUCCCCCCAGUAAGAAGCCAGGGGAGCCCCUCAUCAUUUCUGACAUCAAGAAGGGCAGCAUGGCCCACAGAACAGGAACAUUGGAGCCUGGUGAUAAGUUGUUGGCCAUUGACAACAUCAGACUGGAGAACUGUUCCAAAGACGACGCGGAGCAGAUCCUCCAGCAAUGUGAGGAACUGGUCAAACUAAAGAUCCGCAAAGAUGAAGACAACUCAGAUGAGCAGGAGACGUCAGGCAGCAUCAUCUACACAGUGGAGCUGAAGCGGUAUGGAGGCCCUCUGGGUAUCACCAUCUCAGGCACCGAGGAGCCUUUUGACCCCAUCACUAUAUCAGGCCUAACCAAGAGAGGCCUGGCCGAGAGGACAGGGGCUAUUCACGUAGGGGAUCGGAUCCUGGCCAUCAACAGUGUCAGUCUUAAAGGGAAGCCGCUGAGUGAAGCCAUCCACCUGCUGCAGAUGGCUGGAGAGACGGUCACCCUAAAGAUAAAAAAACAGCUGGACAAGGAGAGAAAAGCAGCAGAGGUAGAAGACACGACAGAGAAUGAGCUCAGUGAUCCAGAGGAGGACGAUUUGACAGACAGCCAACAGACCAAUAAGCUUUCCGAGCUCUACUCCACAACCAUACCCAGCGUGGACUCUGCCAUGGAGUCAUGGGACGGCUCAGGGCUGGACGCAGGCUAUGGCAGCCAGGGCACAUACAGCAAUCAAGCAGCUGGUAUCGCCCUCCACCCCCAUGAGUGGCGUAGUGCCAAGCAGCAGCGCAGCGCCACAUCUCCUCCUGCACGCCGGAAGAACUACCCCUUCAGUGAUGGAGGGUUCAGUGAGGAUGACUGGGACAAACCGCCAGGAUUUAUUGGCCAACAACCCGACGGUAUUCUGUUGGAUCCAGACGACAGCUUCUGGUGUCAGGCGCUUGAGGACCUGGAGACCUGCGGCCAAUCAGAACUGCUCAGAGAGAUAGAGGCAUCCAUCAUGACAGGCACAGCCAUCAGUCUGGGCGUAGAUGGUGUCAACAAGCCUCCAGCUGAGCCCAUACUGAGCCACAGCAGGAUGAGCCCCUUGCGGAGAAAUUCUCUCUUGCACCAGGGAAACCUGCUCCACCAGGCCGCACACCUCCACCAGGGGCCCCAUCUGCAUGAGGAGGCCCAUCUGCACGAAGAGGCCCAGCUCCACCAAGACACCCACCUACACCAGGAGGCCCAUUUCAACCAGGAGACCCACCUCCACCAAGAUACCCAAUCCCCUCUCCUGCACCACGAGCCCAAGCCCAAGGCCUCACUGAGAGUGUCAGAGAGAACGUGGGAGUCUCGUCGGAUCAAAGAGGAGAUGCAGGGGAUUCUGUCCCCGACGCCUCUUGAACUGCACAAAGUAACAGUGAUAAAGGACCCAGAGAGCGACGACUUUGGCUUCAGCGUGUCAGACGGUUUCUUGGAGAAGGGAGUAUAUGUCAACAUGAUCAGACCUGACGGGCCAGCUGACCGAGCCGGGCUCAGACCCUAUGACAGGAUCCUGCAGGUGAACCAUGUCAGGACAAGGGACUUUGACUGCUGCCUGGCCGUGCCUCUCAUCACGGAGGCUGGAGACAGACUGGAGCUGGUCAUCAGCCGCAACCCACUGGCCAACGAUGACCCAGAGGACAAUAACAACACUUUAGAACACCCACUAGACCUGUAA